GCCAAAAUGAGCCAUUUUGUGAACUUUAUCCCUUCUGCUCAAACAUGUUAGAAUAAAUCCUUUCGUGAGUAAUACUAGAAUAUUUAAAGGAAUUUUCGCCAUUCAUUUCAAUAGGAAAAAAGCCAUAAAAGUGUAGCUGAAGCAUUUAUAAAUGUUAUUAUAGUGUACGGUGGAGUAACGACACGACGCUUCGAAAUCUACCGAUACACUGCGCUAGUUAUAAUUACUGUACUAUCAAGGCCACAUGUUACACCGCCAAACUAAAAUAACUGCCGUCUUAGCAUCGCUGUAAUUAUUUCAAUACAAUUAAUCUUUAAAUAAUUUAUCGAGAUUUGUUUUAAAUAAUUUGUUUUUAGUGUGUUUCAAAAGUAUUAAUUCUGUGUCGGCUUUUCUAAAGUCUUUAUAAUAGUUUGUGUGAUUACAGUGAACGAAGUGGAAUGUGAUUAUUGAACCAACAAGUGUAAUGGUAUAAAGUUUGUGUCAUACAAUAAAACAUCGGAGCGCACAGCUCUUAAGGGAAUACCAUCACAGAACUGCUAAAGAUAUUUUAAAGACGAACUGUUUUCAAACAUUGUGGGCACUAUUUUGAUGAGCAUAUCUUCAGAAGACUAGUUUUGUCUCCACCAGUGCUUCCUUCAGCCGCCGAAAUUCAAUCAUCAAGGAAUCGCAGACACAUUCGGAUGGGCAGGAUGAAUCCUUUAGAGGAUCAUGAACGUAAAAUCAUCAUAGAAUUUUGUCAUUUGCUGGAAAAAUCAAAACAACUAUUUAAUGGUUUACGUGAGUUGCCACAAUAUGGGCACAAGCAAUGGCACUCCUACUUUGGAAAGACGUUUGACGUGUACACGAAGCUGUGGAAGUUCCAACAGCAACACAGAGGGAUCCUCGACAGUAAAUAUGGACUUAAGCGUUGGCAAAUUGGAGAAAUCGCUUCUAAAAUAGGACAACUCUAUUACCACUUUUACUUAAGAACGAGUGACACAGCUUACUUGAGCGAAGCAUUCUCUUUCUACUUCGCUAUUCGAGGCAGGAGCUAUUACACUCAAGCCUCCAAAGAAGACAAAUGUGAGCUGAUGGUGAAAAAACUCCGAUAUUAUGCACGAUUCAUCGUCGCAAGCCUUCUGCUCAAGAAAAUGAAACUUGUGCGGGAUCUAUUAAACGAACUUGAUAAACAAAUAAGCGAGUAUGGCAUCACGUAUGAGCCAGAUGAUCAAAAUGAGUGGAGGAUUGUAGCUGAUGAAGUUAGAAGCUUCAUCAAAGUGGAGCCAGUGGUUACUGUGUACCAUCCUCAAGAAUUCAUAGUCAUACUCUCCCACCGACUUAGUCCUCAAACGACGCCACAAAUCGAGAGGACGUCAGCGAUGACGUUGAUACUCCAAGAAGUUCUGAUCGUGGGAAGUAAUGCUACUCAGCUGAAGUUCUCUGAACUGACCAUGGACAUGUAUAGAAUGAUGCAGACUCUAGAACGGGAGCCGAAUGGCGAGGCUCAGCACUUGUACGAUGAGUCACCACGACAGCGUUGCGCAUCAACACCAAGUGCUUUUAAUAACAAAGGCUAUAACUUAGAAUGCGGUCUAAACAAAAACGAGGGACCCCAUAAGUACUUGCUGUUCAAACCAUCACCGAACCAGGUGUUUGUGUACCUGGCUAGUGCUUGCGACGACCUGCUCUGUAAUGGAGUAGUCCUGCUUUAUAUAUCUGCGGAAGGACUGCUCGUUCCUCCUACAAAGAAUCACUGUGAAGAUGCAGGAGGCUACGACGUGGGAGGCCUGAUCACGACAUCCAAGAUCGACGUCCUUGGACGGGAGACGACGAUAAAAGAGGGAAAGUCAGCCCCUCCUAAGUAUAAAGAUUUACAGGUCCUCCAUCCAGGUGACCUGUACCCAUUCACGCGUCGUCCCAUGGUCAUUAUCGUGGAUUCCGACAAUUCUUUCAUAUUCAGCGACAUGCCUCGUCUUUUUGGGCAGCCCCUGAUUAUACUGAUGUCACCAAUGGAGUUGCCUGCCAAUCUCUAUCCUGUGCCCGGCGAGGCGAGGGUCGAGGGGAGCUUGUUCACGCUGUUCCUGCACUGCCCGCUGUCGGCGCUCUGCCUUUGCUGCGACAUCAAGAAGAUGGGGUUAAUGAACUGGGAACGAGCACAGUCCUACAUUGACGCGUUUCUGAAGGAAGCAGGCGCCCUGGUAGCCCGCAGCCGUACCGAAUACGUGUUAUUCCUUGGCGAUGAUUUCUUGCGGUUAUUGAUUCUACGCUUCAUCUUCUGCGAGACGUUCCUCCGAAUGCACCGGCUGUUCCGGGGCCGAGCGCAGCACACGCGCUGCAGCCCCCCGCUGCCCAACGACAUCUACGACCACCCCACCCUCACACACAUCUUCAUGGAGUUACUGGCACAUCUGCAGGUGCGAAGCCACUUCCACGAGCCAGCCGCCGCGGCCCAGGCUAGCAGGGAGUGAUAUGCGUCGAAAAGAGCUCGCAGUGUGUCGUUCGCCGCUCAAUAGCAGAUAGUCUUCUGUCCAGUUCCCACUGCGGGUCGAGACAGAACAUAUAUAUAAUAUGGCAGAAAUACUGGUUCACGGCAUCAACCACUUCUGUUGCGAGCGUGCCAGAAGAUUUUUGUUUCUUAUAUUAAGGCUCAAAUUACUUGCUCUCCUAAUUUUAAUCCAUAAUAAAUGUUACUACAUCAUACUCUCAAUAUAUACUAAUACAAGAUAAGUUUGCACGAAUGUAAAUAAACACAAAUAUACUAAUAUACAUCAACUAUUGGAUCCUAUCUUUACGACCGGAAGAAUAUUAUUUGCAUUGAAUUCUAUAUAAUACCCAAGUAUUCUUUAAAAUAUUGGCAUUAUACGCAUUGCUGGUAGACAUUAUAAUAUAUAAUAUUAUAUAACAUAUGACAUAGAUACUGGAAUUGGAUAUUUUACUUGGUCAAAAAUAGUUUCUACUCAUUGUUUUUAUCAAAUUAUACAUACAUGAUUAUCGUAUUCUGCUGACUAUUCUUUAAGAAAUAAAUAUAUAUACUCAAAACAUGAAUAUGUCUCGUUUUUAAUAUUUCAAUUUCAAAGGAUUUGACUAGUUGUAAAAUAUUGUACUGCUGUUAAUUAUACUGUAGCCAUUAUGAAUAAUCAAACUGUAAUCUUUUAAACUAGUCAGUAGUUUAUUUAUAUAAAAAUCUGAUUGAUUUACUACUCGUAUAUCUCAUUAACCAAAGACUUUGUUAACAUAUAUUAAUCGACCGUAAAUGUUACAAUAAUCAAUAUUUCAUAUUUAAAAUUUUGUAUAUACUCAAUACUGUUUCACUGCCGUAUAUUCAACUUUUAUAUAACUGUUAUAUAUUACAUUCGUUUGCAAAUGUUAUAUACAUACUUAGAUUAGCUUUAGGGUUUUGAGUCACAUACAUAAAUUAAUUUACAAUAUGACAAAAAAAUAACAUUUAUUGUUGACGAUAACCAAAAAACCAGUAUAUAACAAAAUGUCUACAUAAUAUUGUAUUACCCGUAGUGUAGGAAAUUACAAACUGUUCGUGUUUUGAAACAUAAUUAUUAUUUUCAGGCAAAUUCGUGUAGAUGUUCAAAUAGUACAGUAUAUUAUUAUCCACAUAUUUUAAAAUAGAUAGAGCCCUAAUAUACCCAUAAGCGAUAGCCAUACUACUAGUAGAAGAAUAAAUAUAAAAGAUAUUACCAAAUACUUUGCUUCAAUGUGUACGCUUUUAAUCAAAACAGAUUUAUUAUAUUGGUAGAUAAUCUUAUUUAAAUGUUAUUAGAGAAAAUAUAAAUAACUAGGAACAAUUUUAUCUUUGUCAUAGACUAUUAAUAACUGUAGAAAAUCGUUAAUUAUUCACUGGGAAUGUCGUAGUUUCUUCCACGAGCUUUCAUUGUUUUUCUUUUGUUAAAACCUGUUUUCACAUAAACAAAAAAUAUACUAAAGGAAUUUUUUAGGCAAUGACCGUAGAAAAACACAAAUUCAACGAUUUAUUUCUAUACAUAAUUAUAAUAAUAUAUACUAUCCUGAAAAUUUAAUAAUCUAUAUAAUUAUAUAGUCAUAAAUUUAAGAAUAUACUAAUGUUACUUAUACCUACUCAUUAUUACAUAGUAAUCAGCAUUAAAGAUUAGUCUUUAAUAUACAUUAUAUAGUAUGCACGAUUACUUUAAUCCUGGCAUAAACGUAUAAACAUAUAUUGGCGUAAUUUAUUAACUGUAUUGCACAUUUAACAUUUUUAAUAUUAACAUAAUAUAUUAUAAACUAAAUACUAUAUAUAGGACAAUGAAGUUUUAAAAAUAAUUUGUUUAACUAUUACAAAUAUUGUAUGCCAUUUACAUUGGCAGAACAUAAAGGAGCUCAACUUAACUGUAUUAGGUACUUUAUACAAAUCUUAUUGUUUUUUAUGGGAUAGGCCUACAAACCACCCAUGUACAAUUGUACACCCACAACACCAGAAGAGGUACAACUACGUUGCCGGCCUUAUGGGAGCUAAGGAUUAAAAAGUUGGGAUUUUAUGGGCGAGCGGAAGAAUUAGACCGCCGGUAACUUCACUUAUACAGAGAAACACAACGCGUGCAUUGAUUCUUGCCAGUUUUCUGUCCGGUCGGUCAAACUGAUUUAUUCAUGCCGAAGAAUUAAUAGCUCUCCCAUACUUAAGCAACUACACUACACUCUACACUUGUUUUAAAAACACUUUUACAAUACAUAAUAUAUAUUUUGUGUUAAUAGCCACAAAUUAGUUGUGCAUAAAUAAAAUCUAGAACGGCUGUGCUCUUUCAAAAGUAAUAUCUGAUACGAUUAAGUGCGUAAUUUAAAACAACUAGAUACAUAAUGAUGAUUUCUUAAAUAUUUUCUUAAAUCAAAUGUUAGCUAAACGAUAUCAGUUACUAACCAGUAACGUUCUAAACUGCUACUUUGAAAAGUGAGUAACCUCGGUGCGCUGCGAAAUAAAUAUUUAAUCCAGUAAUCGAUAACUUCGAUUGCAGCAAGCUUGAAGGGUUAAAAACACGUAAAAACCGAUCAAUGCUUGACUAAACUGGAUGAUAUAUUUGUAACAUAUUUGGAAGGUAACGAGUCAUGAUUUAAUAUUAAAUUUAGUAUAUGCAAGGUAUUUGGAGCAUAGACCGACACAAUUUUAUCACAGAUUCGAGAGGACUUUUAAAAUAAAGUACAGGACAGUCAGAGCCAAAAAUCGAACUAAACUGAAUUAAUUAAAGUUUUAUUUUAAGAAAAAAGUAUUACAUAUUUGAGGGAGCACAGCUUUUUUUUCUUUAUUUAUUAUUUACACAAAAAAAUAAUACGAUAAAAAUAACAAAUAGCACCCAAAAAACCACUAAGGUUUAGAACCUAGCUGAUCCUCCUUUUCUUAGGGAACUUUACUCGCUGUUCCCUAAACCUACAAUAGAUAUUUUGUCAUUCCAAAUAUAUUAUACGGUACCUAUUAUAUGUAAAAUAUUUUUUUAAAUUAUACAAUGCCUUAUAAUAUGGCAACCUACAGACUCAACUGGGUGUUUUAUUAACUUGUAUGAAAAACAUGUGUUAAAACUUUCCGAAAUUAAUAAAAAAAGAAACUUUCCCCAAAUACUGAUAGAUAUGAUUGAAUGACGUAUGUUUAAGACAUAAGGUUCAAUUUCCAAAACCAAAAUCACAUCAAAAUAUUAAUGAUGUUUGUAUGUAUUUUAAUUUUCUGUAACUUUAUAUUGAUCUCAUUACUCCUAUAUACUAUAAAAGUUAUAACCUAAUUAUACUCUGUAUCUCGUUAUAAGCGAAUUGUAUGUAUAUUAUUAUUAUGAGAAAUAAAUGUAUUUCAACCGAU